GGCAAUGCUUGAUCAGCUGAUGGGAACGGCUAGAAAUGGCGAAACCAAUCGGUACUCGGUGAAGUUCUACGACAGCAAAGUAUGUAAGAGUUUUUUAUUAGGCUGCUGCCCGCACGAGAUCCUGGCCUCAACGACGGUCACAACAAGUCGCUUUUUCCUCAUAUUCCAAGCAAAAAUAAAAAGUCAUUUCAAAAAGGAAUGAAAAGAAUAUCCACACUAAAAAUGAUAAUGGGAAAGCGAAGGUGCGUGUGAUUGAUGUGCAUGUGCUAUGCAUAUAAAACACCAAAAAUCAAUCUCAUCUUCCGCUUAGGGUGCCCGACCGCUUAUGGUUGUCGAUUUGGUUUCGUUCGAUUGACUCACAAAUAACGCAGAAAGCGCGUACGAUAAACCAAUAAGAACAGAUCUAGUCCAGGGUAUUACACAAGCUCGUAUCCGUCCACAAGGCACAAGCUCUUCUAGCGCACGAUAAGUGAUGAUGGCACUGGUUGAUGAGAGGGAGAUGGUUGGUGAUGGGAGAUAAUAUACUGAAGCAGAGUCGUAAGUACACUGUACCCAGCUCAUCUUCACCUGUGCUAUUCAAAGAAAUCCUUUAACAGUACCACGUGUCAUCUGCUCAUUACCGCUCUCCAACGAUGCCAACCGUUUAGUUCCCUACUUUACCAUCUUGCCAAUAAAGCGAUUCGCGCAGGAAAACCACCGAAAAAAAGGGGUUGCGGUCACUUUAGUAGACAGGCUGCUGCUGCUGUCGUACUGCGCGAGUAUCCGGAUUAUGCGUAUCGAUCCUACAUUCUUCCCAUUACCGGCACAUAAGCUUAGUUGAACAUCAAGUAAUAAAAAUCCCCGUAUCAGUAGUACAAAUUACAUACGCAUCGCGGAAGAAAUGUGUAUGUGUGUGUGGUGUCACUAGUAAUGUGCACCCUCCCCUCCUCUCCCAGGCAUUGUCCGUUGGUCUGCGCGUUUAGUGUAAUCAAAGCGAAUGGUAAUCGGUCUUGGGUACGUAUUAAUAACGAAACGAAACCAAAAGCACACGAGAGCAAAUCCUAUUGACUUCAUCUGAUCCUGGUUGCGCUUACGGGUACGUAAAUAAUUUAUGUGACUGAAACCAACAGAGUAUACGUAAUGGAUCGGAUACACAAUUUACAAAUCGAUCGGUGUUGAAGACAGUUGAACAGUUAUUGUAUACAGAAAAAAAAGAAGCAGGAGAAUGAGACUAAGAAGUUCGAAAAGGCAGAGUUUUAUGUUUGCAGAAGCGAUAUAGCAAGACUUAAUAGAAUAUUACACACAAUUUGCUAGAGAAUAUUUGCAGCGCCUUUUUUAUAUGUUCAUUCCUAAUACUCAAUUGGAACUAUAGACAGCUUCGGACAGAUAUUCCGUUUGAUUCCCUUUUGAUUUACAAUAGAUAAGGUUUUUGUAGACAAUUGUUAUUCAUUUUCAGUUAUUCAGUUCAACAUUUUUCAACAAAAAAAGGUAUUUUUUCAGGUAGAACGGCCUGGCCGUAUUGAUAAAAAAGUUAUUUAUUAAAUAACAAUUCCUAUAAAUUUACUAAAUAUAGAAAACAUAAAUAAUUACGUUACGUACAUAUGUAUUGUUUUCGGAAAGGAUAAUAGUAAUGCUGUAAUGUAUAGGGUUAGGUACAUUCUUAGGGACACACUCUACCAAUUCAUAGCAUUAAAACAAUCACACCGUUGAUUUGUGGACGUUUCUCAUUAUUUAGCUGUGUGGUGUUGAAUAUUUUGGUGAGUAACAAAACAUCAUCCAAUGUACAUUUUACCUAGGUUCUUUACGCAAAAUCAAUUUUCUUCGAUAGUAGCCUUUUUUACCAAAAUAAGCUAUUUUUUGAUUUUACAGGAUCAUCUACUUGCUUUCCAUGCACGCUGCACCAUCAAGCGUGAGAUAUCAUUUUGUAGCAUAUUUAUACUGAAUGAAUUGUUAAUCGUUUGAUUGUAUGCGGAUGGUGCAGUGAAGGGCAAAUUUAAUGAUGCAAUUGUAGCGGUGUUACAUUAUAUGAGAUUAGAUUUUACACAUUUAAGUCGCGCUGUCUUGCCCUUUUCGGUGUCAUGUAUGUUUGUGCCCCACUUGUACUAAACAAUCGAGUGUUUUGUUUUUCCUUCUUUCUCCCCUCCGUUCCUUAACGGUGUGUAGCGUAUGGACCUUGGCGAAUGUCCAAAGGUGCACGAUCUGGCCCUGCGAGCCGAUUACGAAAAUGCGUCGAAGAACAAGGACUAUUAUUAUGAUGUGGAUGCAAUGGAACAUUUGCAAGCUUUCAUCGCAGAUUGCGAUCGUCGCACGGAAGCGGCAAAGAAGCGGCUUGCUGAAACACAGGAAGAAUUGACCGCCGAGGUGGCAGCAAAGGCAAAUGCGGUGCAUGAACUGGCCGAGGAAAUAGGCAAGAAACUUGCCAAAGCGGAAGCUCUAGGUGAGGCCGGGCAGGUGGAGGAAAGCAUGAAGCUUAUGUCGGAAAUCGAAGAGCUUCGCUCGGAAAAGAAUCGCGCCGAACAGGAAUAUCGCAGUUCGAUACCGGCCAGUACCUAUCAGCAGCAGAAGUUGCGCGUGUGUGAAGUCUGCUCAGCCUAUCUGGGUAUACACGAUAACGAUAUUCGGCUGGCGGAUCACUUUGGCGGUAAGCUACAUCUUGGCUUUUUGGCCAUUCGUGAAAAGUUGGCCGAGCUGGAGAAAACGGCAGGGCCGCGCCAGAAGGAGCUACGGAAAACGGGUCGUGAUCGUGACCAUGAGGAUCGUAGCCGAUCACGGUACGUCGGCGGAAGGGAACUCGAUCGGCGUUCCCGGGCAUUGGCUCGCAGCCGUGAUCGAAAGGAUACAGGAGGGCGUGAAAUUAAACCUGCGGACGAGCGGAAAGAUCGUAACGAAGGUCGCGAACGUGACCGUGAUCAACGCGAUCGCGGUGAACGACGCCGUUCGUCCGAUCGCAACAACAGGCGGUCUAGGAGCCGUGAUCGUAGCCGCGAGCGUGAUCGUCACAACGAUCGCCGACGACGAUCACGAUCGCGCGAAAGAUCCAGACGGUAAGCAUCUAUAAUCAUGUAGACAUCCUAAUAAAAACAGGUACUAGAGGAUAGGUAGCUGAAAUAUCCCACAUCGAUCGUAAGAAGGAAGUAUGUGUGAGAGUAACGUGUAACGCAACAAUUAAUAAACACAAUUAUCUGCAACAAAUAGUGACACGGUGGAUCAGUCUGAUCGUGCCGUGAAUGGAUUCACCGGAGCAUCGAUUAAUUUGUAAGCAUAGUAUUUCUUUACUCUCAUUUCUUUUCAAUUUAACCUUUUUCUUUAACAUAUUUGUUACACACACAAAAACAAUAAUUUGGCAAAUAGGAAGACGUGUGAGGCAUAAUUUGUUUGUUCUCUCACUCGCUAGAACGAUUUGUUAGAAUGAUUAUGUUUUAUUUUUCUUCUUCAAAAUUGUAACUAUGUUUCUUUCCGGUAGUAGUGUGUUCUUGGUGAAAAUAAGUUAAAAAACAAUGCUACAAAACGAUAUUUGUAGUGCGAUAUUUGCGAGUGUAUUGAAUUGUGGUGCAUUCGUCGAAAAUUACUUCGAUACCGACCCUAGAGGGCGAGCAACAAAAUUGGCGGUACCUCUGAGUAUGUAUUUCAAGCGUGUUAUACAAAAUUAUAUUAAGUGUCCAAUUGUAGGAUAGAAUCAACUGUAAAAAAAAAACGAAAGUAAGAUUAAUCCGCGAAGAGUAGAUUCGUUCGGAUGAGAGCGAUCAUUGAACCUGAAGUAAUGUUCUGUCUUAGUUUGUCUUUGAUUUCAAGUAAAUAGAAUUUUAAAUAUAAAUAUGUUUUCACGCAUAUAUGAGUCCAUCUGUCCUCCUUAUCGCCAGACACGGUCCAGCGUUAAAAUGUUCCGAUCUGCAAAUAUGUUCGGGCUUUCAUUUUUGGUAAGUGAAAGAUGUAUUUUUCACCUUUUUGCAUGACACAACAACUAUACCUGCUGUUGCUCUUUGGCAAAGUGGAUCGAGUGCCCGAUUGGAUCACUAUUUCUUAUCAAAUAAGGAACUACACAACACGUAAGGUUUUUUGUAUAGUAUUGCGUUACGAGAAAUACAAAUUUAGCCGAUAAGCAUUUGAGCAAACUACCUUUAAUAAAAGCUCUGUACCAACCCGUACAGAUUUUGUAGUUGAAUAGAAGAAAUAAAAUCAAGAAUACGUGUCAA